GUAUUGAAUGAAACUUUUUUAAAUUUUAAAAUUAAGUUUUCCUUUGCCUUGACUAUCAUAAUGUAUGGAAUGAAGUGAAUUAAAUAAAAAGCGAUGUAAACAUCAACAAUUUUUUUCUGAGUAAAGCGUUUUUUUUUUUCAUUUAAAAACACUGAACUUUUGAACUUUUGUUUUUCUGAUAUACACACAUACAUUGUGUGUAGUAUAAUUUCAACCUUAGGCUAUCCAAAGUCCAUAAAUUAUAAGUGAAGUGAUACCAUAUAAAAAUUAAUCAAAAACUCAUCAACUUGUUUGAAUAGAUCGCCAAGAUAGAGUGACGUAGUACGUACUACGUACUAAAAUAUCGUCAUUACAGCCAAGAAUCAAGAUGUUGAAUUCAGUAUGGUAUUCGUUGUCACAGAGGCCAGCCGUGUAUAGAACAGUUUCACAAGUUUCCAACGCGGAAUUUUGGAUCGGUGCCCUGUUAAUACUAUUCGCGUGUGAAAUGGACCUUUUAUACUUCCACAUACUACAUAGUGUGGACAUAGACUUAUACUCAAUCAUAUAAAAAAAAUAUAUUUAAAUUUCGAAUUCGCGGAAUGGGAAUCAAAAUAGAAUCCGAUUCGAAUGCCAAACAUAACAUGGACAGUGCACUGUGUUUAAUAACUGCGAGUUAAAAAAAGACAGCUGCAAUUUAUGUGCAUUUUUAUAGUUUACUUACAACCCAUCUCUUUCUAUCACCGAGUGGAAUUUAUACAUGUUGCGCAGAACAAGUUAUAUGUUUAUUUUAAAGAGCCAAUGGAAAUGAGUUUCAGGCGUUCAAUGUAAACAGAAAACAUCUGAUUGUGUUCCAAUUUCAAAAUAGGAGUUCUAUUUUCGAAGUGAAAAAUGUUGCCUGAAAUAAUAUAAUAUCGUAAUUACAACACAGAUUUAUUAGAGUAAUCUGUUUGAAAUAAAAAUAUCGAAAAAAUAAAUAAUAAGGAAAGAAACUGUAUUUAGUGAAAAUUUUCCGAGUGUGAAAAUUUAAAAUCGACGCAAUACCAGAUCAUGGUUGGUAUCGGAAAUUGAUUUUCGAUCGUCAAGGUGCUAAUGUGUUUUUAAUUGAGUAAAAUAAAUGCUGCACUAUUAAGAACAAUAGGUAUUCAUAAAUUAAUAGGGAAGUCAAUGCAGCAAACUUCAGCAAAGGCGUUUUGAUAUUGCUGACUGAUGACGAGAAAUUUUUGAGUUAGAACAAGAUGCAUCCACACAGACCGUUUUUCACAUCGCACUCCGAUACGUCGACGAUUAACGUGAAACACUUGGUGACCGAUCUCUUCACACAGAUGCGGGAUCCGUCCCCUGGGGCGCCCAGCCCCAAGGGCGGUUCCACGGGCUCCUUGAAUGUGAUGAGGAACGCGGGCUUCCAGCAGCAGAACGGUGCCGAGCACUACCCCUGGAGCAACCCAGCGAUAUCUCUGCCAGGGAACUGCAAUUCCAAUUUGAGCAAUGAGUCUUCCGGGUUGGUGCGUAGUGUGAGCAAUGCAUCCGCCCUAACAUCGCUAUGCGCUGAUCUCUCCCCUUCGGAUUCGCAUUUCUUUGAAGUUCUAUACAUAGGGAAAGUGCGCAUAUCACAAAGAAAGGUUCCAGAAUCUCUAAUAGAUGAUGCCCUACACAAAUUUGCACAGCAUGAGGCUGAGAAAGUGAAAAAUUCGAGACGGCAUAGUUUAUUGCCUUCUUCAGGGGAUUCCCAAGAUAGUAGUGAUUCUGGAGAAAACAUCAAAAGCUCGCACGAAAAGGCAGUGCAACGAUAUGUACAAAACAAUAAUAACCUCAUACCAAGCACAACACCUUUAGAACCAGACAAAAGUAAUCCUUGGAAGAGUGCUGACAAUAUCCCAAAACUUGAGAACAAUGAAGUUGACGAGGAAUUCGAUACAUUCAGUAAAGAGAGACUUGACAAGAACAAUAAAAAUCCAGUGCCUUUAGAGCCUUCAGUAUUAAUAGUUAAUCUACCAAAAAAUAACCUAGGUACUGUUGAUGAGGAUGAGGAGAAACAUGAUGAAAAUUUACGGAAGUCACCAAAUGUUACUCCAAUCCAUACGUCUAAUUUAAUAAAUUUAGAUAAAACUCUAGCUCCCAUUCCAAAUGUUAUAGACAAUAAUAACCCUUUCAAUCAUGCCACGAAACAUGUUGAUCCUUUACUUAACAUUCCUACUGGAACUAAAAACCAAAUUGAUACCAUAACAGCAAAAAAAGAAAAAGAUUCCAAUGUAGCAUUUACAGAGACAAACGAUACGAAACAGACUUUUGAAGAAAACAAAUCUCUGUUAAACAAUAAGCAUACUGAAUCUAAAACAAAAGAUUUGAAAAAAUUGAGUUUUGAAGAAAUACCUGUAAAUUCAAAUGAAGCAGCCAAUUUAAAGAAGAAACAGGUUUUGGCAGAAAACAAACCAUUCAUGAGAGACAGGUCUGCAUCGAUUGGUACUUUGAAUUUGAAGACACCAUUGGCUCAUUUGAUUGGGGAGCAAAAUAGGACAAUGCUGUUUCAGGUCGGUAGAUCGGAACUACGUCUAAUCAGCCCAGACAGAAAGCAAAUUCUUCUUCACAGAGCGUUCAAGGAUGUCGCUAGCUGCGUGUUAGGGAGGGCCAAUAGGGAGCACUUCGGUUUUGUAUGUCGAGAAACUAAUGACAGCUAUGCGUGCUAUGUAUUCAAGUGUGAGAGCGAUUCGGUUGCCACUGAGGUUGUCAAUGCAAUCAAGCAAGCUUUCGUGGCGCACGCGGAACUACUGAAGAAAUCAAGGGACAAAUCUCCCAACAUGACAUGUGAACACUGUCCGAUGUUGUGGUACCAUAGACUAUGCCACGAUAUUGAAGGUAUGAAUGAGAAGAAAACUCACGCGUUCAUACUACGUCGUAUCGAGCAGUUGCCUGAAGAUGAACAGGAUCUCAUUAUCACUAAGUAUCAAGGAGGGACUAAUCAUAUCUAUGAGGUAAGUGAACACAACGCUUUCCUGAUGAUGCUACUGCGGGCGCACUGCGAGUCUAAGCAGCUAAGACACGUUCAUGAUACUGCAGAAAAUAGAUCAGAGUUCCUGAACCAAUACUUGGGAGGCAGUACGAUAUUCAUGAAAGCGAAGCGUUCUCUAUCAAGCGGCUUCGAUCAUUUGCUGAAACGUCGACAGAGUAAGGACGAAGUCUUUCCACCGGCUAUGAAGAAGGAGCCCUCCCCAAUCCCACCCCCGCUAGUGCUAGAAACAGCUUCUGACAACAACAGCGGUGAUUUUGCUACCCCAGACAGGCAACGAGGCAAAUCCAUGACUCCAGGGAAUAUGGAUGAAAAUCAACCAUCUACCCCAAAAACAAAUAAUAUGUCGUUUGACGAGGUCGUUGAAGAAAGCAAAGACGAUAUCCCUACAGUCAAUUCUCCUAUGAUGGAUAUCUUCCUCAAAGUGAGCGACUCUCGACCAGUGGCGACGGAAAGUGGCAGCGAAUCCGACGCAACGUGGCGACAAGCCAUCUAUGAGAAGGUAGUCCACACACCGGCUAUUGAUCAAGAAGGAGAUUCAAACCAAAAGGAUUUGCUGGGUCAUCCGUUGGCAUCCUCAGGCAAGAGGACCAAGGAACAGCUGAGAGAGUUGUGGAAGAUGGCCAUAGACCAGACCAUUUUACUCGUUCGAAUGGAAAAAGAAAACGCUAAGUUAAAAGAGAGAGAAGAGUCCUCAGCAGUUCGCCGUAUAAAGCUGGAGUACACCGAGCUCGGCUAUUGUGAUGCCGGCGUGGCUCUCAUGUGGGACUCCCUACUGGCGAGAGAUCCUUCACAGCCUAUCGCUAAGGUGGAUAGGCAUAUGCUGACCCAAGCUGUGAGACAAGGCGUGCCCCGCAUGUCUCGCGGCGGGGUCUGGCGGUUCCUGGCAGAGCAGGCGUGCCUGCGCAUCCCGCCGCCACACCUUGACAACUUCCCAGACUACAACACUCCAUACCGGACCCUACUCAGUGGCCUGACCAAACACCAACACGCUAUACUCAUCGACUUAGGACGAACGUUCCCAAAGCACUCUUACUUCGCAUCAGCAUUAGGUCCUGGACAGUUGGCCCUCUACAAUAUCCUCAAAGCGUACUCCUUAUUGGAUCCUGAUGUUGGAUAUUGCCAGGGCUUGAGUUUCGUCGCCGGGAUAUUGCUGUUACACAUGGACGAAGGAGAAGCUUUCAUAUUGUUACGGCAUCUGAUGUUCCGACGAGGCAUAAGGAAGCAGUAUUUACCAGACAUGAGCGCCCUACAAGUCCAGCUGUACCAACUUUCUCGUCUCCUCCGGGAUCAUGAGCCGGAACUGCACGCGAAACUGGAAUCCCUAGACAUCUCCCCGGCUUUGUAUGCUGCUCCUUGGAUGUUGACGCUAUUCACCAGCCAGUUUCCAUUGGGUUUCGUCGUCAGGGUAUUUGAUCUCAUCUUCCUGGAAUCCUUCAACGUAGUAUUUGCGGUAUCUUUAGCCCUUCUCUCCGCGCACAAAGACGGUUUGAUGUUGUGUGAGAGUUGCGAGGAAGCGGCUGAAUAUUUGAAGCACAAGCUACCUGAUAUGGACAGGACGAUGUAUGACAAGGUUAUGAAGACGAUCGCAAAACUCGACAUCGGGCGUCAGUUAACGGAGUACGAGGUGGAAUACAGCGUGCUUCGGGAAGAGAUGCCGCGUCUCGCCACAUUGACUGAGCAGAACAGAAUGCUUCUAGAAGAUACCACCAGGAUGACUGCGGAACUCGAUUCUGCAAUGGAUGCGAUCGAAAACUACCAGAAAAAUCAAUCCCGUCUCGAAGCUUACAACAAAGUGAUGGAACAACACCUCACUUUGCUGAGCCGGUACAUAUAUACGCACCAGAAACAAGAUUUACCGAAUGAAAUAAAGAAAAUUGUACAAAAUUACAGCAAGAGACUAUCUUUUGGCUCUAAAAUUAUAACUAAAUUCACCACAAAUGAAGACGAAGAUGAAGUCAAAAAGAAUUAUAAACAAGGAGCCAGCGCUCCUAACCUAUUUGCCAAAGUUUCCAAAGAAGAUCUCCUAAAUGCGGUGAAUAAAGAGAAAAAUAAUGAAGACAGAAAACAUUUUAUGAUGAAAAAGUCCCAAUCAGUCCAUUCGGGAUUGAUAGCAAACAAGCAUUUUCCUUUACAAGUUUUGGAAGAGAAAUCUGAACCUAAAAGGAGGGACAGUUUACGUAUAGAAAAUAUUGCAAAUGAAUCUAUUAGAGAUUUGGGCAAAAAGACAUCUGGGUUCUUCGCAAAUACACACGAACAAAUUCGACAGGAAAGGCUUUUUGAACAACAGUUAAAACAUGAUUUUGAUGAGAACUUAAAAAAAUUGGACGAUAAACUGUCACCUAAACUCUCAACUAAAUCAUACUUGGAUGACUUAAGUGUCUUCCAAAGCAAGAAAAGUCUUUCUUUGAAUUUGAACUCUAAUACCAAAGCGAAAGAGCAAAAAUUGAAUGACAGCGGUUUUGUUACACCUCUAACUCCAAACGAUAGGGAUGAUAAAAAAGAAAAUGAUAUUAUUUCAAACAUUUCACAUCCUUUAAGCGAUUGCGAUGUUGAUAUUAAAUUCGAUGGUCAAUUGACGAAAUUGAAACAAAUUCGUCCUUUGAAAACUAAUAAUUAAAACAUUGUACUUACCAUGUUUAUGAUGGUCAAACUUAGAUUCAGUUGGUAAGACAGGCGGUUUAAGUUGUGUUAUGGUUACCGUUAAACUCUUACUACCAAUAAAAAGCAAAGUUGGUUACUCAAGUCAGCAUUUGUCAGUCAAGUAACCUUGACUUGACUUGCCUACUUUUACUGACAGCAACCCUAACGUGACUUUAACCACUGUCAUUCAUAGAAGUGGAUAUCAAGUGGAUCAAUGAAACUUUAAGAAAUGAGUUUCCAAAUUAUGAUUUAUUCCAAAGUAAAAAAUUUACCUACUUAAAAUUUUUACAAUGCAAAAGUAGAAAUUGUAAUAUUGAGCCACUAGGGUUCUAAUAAUGGAUUUGAUGACCUCCUUAGCUAAGUGCUGAGCACUGCAGUCUUAUAAACAGGAGACCCUGGGUUCGAUUCCCGGAAGGGACAAUUUGUCUCUGGUCUAGUUUGGUGGGAGGUUUUGACAGUCUAUCGCCAUACUGCCAAGUGAUUCUGCGUUUCAAUAAGACAUGUACACAAACUGAGUAAGGGUUUGGGAUCAAUAAAUUCAGUCAUUGUGAGCCCUUCCAAAUUAGCCCGCUUCUAUCUUACUGCAGCAUCACUUAUCACCAGGUGAGAUGGCAGUUAAGAGUAGCUAAGCGAUAGUAUAGAUCUUAUGCGCAAAAUUUUCGUCGUCGAGAGCAUAGUGUUCUCACACAAAGUUUUAAUCAUGAUAUAAAAAGUAAUAUUAAAAAAAACAUCACUGCUCUGCCAUAUUGAAUGUAGGACCCAGUUUCUACUUAAGUAAAGAGGAAAA